UCCGCCAAGCUUAAACUAGCCUAAAAACAUUUUGAGAUUUAUAGACACAGAAACUGAGAAGAAGGACAAGUACAACUUCUUCUCUGGUUUUUCUGUGUGUUUUCUUCUUCUUCACUUUUGUCUCUAGUAGAUAUAAAUAAAUUCUUAUUAUCAAAAAUCAUCAAAUCAUGAGAAUUCUCUUGAUCUUUUCUUGUGAUUCUAGUGUUUCUUGAAUUUCUCUGAUAUCCUGGCAUAAACUUUUUCUUACUGUCUUUCUUUCUUUAUUCAAUUUGGGUAUGCUUUGAAUUUGAAGAUUGGUGUCGGAUCUCAAGUGAAAAUCGGAGGAAAUUGAGUUUUGAUGGCGAUGGAUGAUAAUGAGAGUUGCAACAGUAGAACAGUAGAAUCAUCACCAAAUAAUACUAGACAUCAUAGACAGAAACUCGAAGUGUAUAACGAAAUUCUUCGUAGACUGAAAGAAUCUGAUUUGGAUGAAGUGAAUCUUCCUGGGUUUGAUGAUGAACUUUGGGCUCAUUUUAAUCGACUUCCUGCUAGGUAUGCUUUGAAUUUGAAUGUGGAGAGGGCUGAAGAUGUUCUAAUACACAAGAGGCUGUUGCUACAGGCACAUGACCCUGCCGAUAGACCCGCAUUUGAAAUUCGCCUAGUACAGGCUUCUCCAGUUUUUGAUGGACACAAUACUGAUUCUUCGUCCCCCGACUCUCCAACUAAUGACGAUACUGAAAGUACUAGUCACACUAAGGGACAAAGCAUUCAUCCACAACCUUCCUUUGGUUCGUCACAUAAUCUCGAAGCUCCUGAGCUUGUAGCUGACAAAUCACAUGAUCCAGAUGGAGAUAGCACUGUAAAUGCUAGUUUAUGCAAUGCAGGGUCUAUGCAUGAAAUCACGUUUUCCGCAGAUGACAAGCCAAAACUUCUCAGCCAGUUAACUGCAUUACUUGCUGAAAUCGGUCUGAACAUCCAAGAGGCACAUGCUUUUUCCACGACGGAUGGUUACUCCUUGGAUGUUUUUGUGGUUUCUGGUUGGCCUUACGAGGAAAUAGAGCGGCUAAAAAACGUCGUGGAAAAGGAAAUUUGGAGGAUAGAGAAUCAGUCUUGGUCAAACCAUCAUCCAAUGACUUCCAAUGACGAACAUUUAAACGAGCAAACUGAGAUGGAGAUAGUCCCUGAUCAUGUGAAAAUACCCUGUGAUGGCACUGAUGUCUGGGAAAUCGAUGCCAGACUGUUGACGUUUGAAAACAAAGUUGGCUCUGGGUCGUUCGGAGAUCUGUACAAGGGUAUCUACUGUACCCAGGAAGUGGCUAUUAAAGUAUUGAAGGCUGAGCGUGUAAGUGCAGAAAUGCAGCGUGAGUUUGCUCAAGAGGUCUAUAUUAUGAGGAAAGUCAGGCAUAAGAAUGUUGUCCAAUUCAUUGGUGCAUGUACAAGACCUCCAAGCUUGUGCAUUGUAACAGAAUUCAUGUCUGGUGGUAGUAUAUAUGAUUUUUUGCACAAGCAAAAGGGGUUUUUUAAACUUCCGUCUGUGAUCAGAGUAGCGAUUGAUGUUUCAAAGGGAAUGAACUACUUGCACCAGAAUAAGAUAAUUCACAGGGACCUAAAAGCUGCUAAUCUUUUAAUGGAUGAAAAUAAAGUUGUUAAAGUUGCUGAUUUUGGGGUUGCAAGGGUGCAAGCUCAAUCUGGGGUGAUGACUGCAGAGACUGGAACAUAUCGUUGGAUGGCUCCUGAGGUCAUAGAGCACAAGCCUUAUGAUCACAAGGCGGACAUUUUCAGUUUCGCGAUUGUGCUAUGGGAGAUGCUAACUGGAAAGCUUCCUUACGAGUAUUUAACUCCCUUACAAGCGGCUGUAGGUGUGGUGCAAAAGGGUCUUCGACCUACAAUUCCGAAGGACACCCAUCCAAAGCUUGUGCGACUCCUCGAACACUGCUGGCAACAGAAUCCGAGUCUAAGGCCUGAUUUUUCUGAAAUUAUUGAGGCCUUGCAGGAUAUAGCCAAGGAGGUCGGGACUGAUGGGCAAGACAACGAAAAACUGAACAUGGCAUUGCGUGCAGUUAUGAGAAGAGGCGACAAUUGAACUAUGCUACUGUUUAUAAUCGUGUAUGUAUGCUCUCUUAAUCAUUUGAGCCAUUUUUCCAUUUCCCUUCAUUUUGUGCUUUGUACAGUAUAUCCUCUGAGGACCAAUGCAGUUCAGCUUGUUUUCUUUUAUUUGCCAAGUUAUGGCCAAUUCCGUUGUGGUUCAUUUUUCUUUAUAAAGCUAUCUUUAUUA